AUGUCGCGACUAGAUUUGGUGAUAUUUGGGGCCACUGGCUUCACGGGCAAGUACGCUGUAGAGGAAAUGUGUAGCAUAUCAAAGAACUACCCCGAGAUAACAUGGGCUAUUGCCGGUCGCAACCAGAGCAAACUGAAGGAUGUGCUAAAUAAAAUAUCUAAGAAAAAUGAUAAAGAUUUAUCUUCUGUGAAGAUAAUAAUAGCUGAUGUUCAAGACGAGAAGUCUCUGCAAGAAAUGUGUUCUCAAGCGAAAGUGUUGGUGAACUGCUGCGGGCCCUACAGGCACUACGGCGAGCCGGUUGUCAAGGCGGCCAUAGACAGCAAGACGCAUUACGUGGACGUUAGUGCCGAACCUGAGUUCAUAGAAAUGAUGCAGCUCAAGUACGACGAAGCAGCUCGCGACGCUGGUGUAUACAUAAUAAGGGCGUGCGGGUUUGGGAUUUUUCACCGAUAUGGGAGUUAUUUUCCUCCAACAAAACUU